UUUCUUUUUCGCCCCUGGCACUUUCGCUUUAUUCUUUUCGUCAUUUUUGCUUGUUGCCAAUGGUGUUCAUACCUGACGAGCCACCGCGGCAUUCGCUAGAUGCAGCAAGAAAUUCCACGCCAACAACGGAACAGCAGCGGUGCAGCAUGCAAUAAGCGAGCACGGCACCAACAGCACGACGCCGCGUGCGGGCACCAUCGGACAGCAGCACAGAAGACAGCAAACCGGAUGUCGUAUGCGCACCAGCGGAGCCAGAGCGGCUGGGACAAGCUGUUCCGCAACAUGUCGCAGCGGUCCGACGCCGACGGCGGCACCGAGUCGCGGGUGCCGGGCAUCGGCGAAGACACGCUUCUGCACGAAGACGUUCAGUAUGUUGACGAGUCUGAUGAUGCUGGCGAUGCCUUGGCUCUAGGCGGAUUCCCACGUGGCGGGGUCGAUAACCGCGGGCGGUCAGACACCGGCGCGUCGUCAACCGGCUCGGCUAUUCAGUACGCCAACAGCCACAUUGGCUCGACCACGCAGCUGAACACCCACUACGACAUUCCGCCCGAUCCACAGGAGCUCUCGCAGCCGCCAGAAAAGGUCAUGAAGCCGCCGCCCGAUGACGAUGAGGAGCACCCGACGUUUCUGCGGAACAAGAGCGCAGCGGACAGCGAGGGUCUGCACCGCUCAUCGUCGGCACCGUCGUCGGCAUCGUCCUCAUCUAGCGCGACGGGGGGCGAGGAGGACGAAGAGAAGACAAACAAAAAUAAGCGCAUGGAGGAGCUCCGGCACAAGUUCAAGCGGCUCUCGUUCCCGAAUGGCAUGUUCCCGUUCCUGCAGGACGCGCUGUUCGUGCCCAUGUUUUACUUUAUGCGCGAUGAGCACGGCCACCGCGCCCCGCCAGUCAUCUUCGAUGCGAUUUCGCUUGCAGUCACGGUCUCUGGCACCACCUUCGACUCUGAAGACCAGCACCACUUUGUUGUCCGCAUCGAGCUCCAGUACGGUGACAUCAAAUGGGUGAUCUACAGACGCCUCCAGGACUUCAUCACCCUGCACACCAUGCUGACGCUGCGCAAGUUCCAGGGCCGCGUCCACAAGCUGCCGACGUUCCCGCAGCAGUUCUCGUAUGCCAUCGAAAAGGCCAAGUCGUUUACGCCGGGCCACCAGCGCCAGGCGCUCGAGAACUAUCUGAUCAAGGUGCUGCGCGCGAUGAACAUGCGGCCUGCGUACGAGAUCUGCACGUUCCUGGAGCUCAGCGCCGUGUCGAUUGUCAAGGAUGUCGGAUGGAAGGGCAAGGAGGGCAACUGGACAGGCGACCACAUCUCCGAUCCCUACCCGACCGACGUGCUGUUUGCAGACUCGCAGUUUGACAUCAAAUUCCGCAAAAAGACCGGCCGCAAUCCGCUGUUUCCGUACCGGAUCACAGUAUCGAACCAGUACCGGCGGAUCCAGCUGCGCAGCGAUAGUGAACGC